GAACAUUGCUGUCCUGGAACAACUCAAUCGUGGGUAUUUAAUUUGAACCAUGCUAAUGACGUUUAAUAUAUCGUUGAUUAUGUAAGCGUAAUGAUGUUUAUAUUACUCCAGGAAAAAUGUAGGACAUACGGUGGUUACCUUUUGGAAGCAGAUACUGAAGAGGAAAAUACCUGGGUCACGAAUGAUUUCCUAAUCCAUCCUAGUGGUUGUCCUGAUUGGCGUGAAUGUAGUAGUGUGUGGGUGGGCGCAUCAGAUGCGGACACAGAAGGCACAUUUACCUGGGCCAGAAGCAAAAAGAAUCUGACCUACUUACCCUGGAAGGAUGGUCAACCUGACGAUCUUCGUGGACAGGACUGUAUCCGCAUUCAGUACACUGGACUAUGGCUUGACGUUACUUGUAACGACGUCAAUGUUCUAAAUUUCAUAUGUGAGAAAGAUUAGUAACACCUUUCCUGAGUCAGUGAUGAUUCUUAAACACUCGAAACGCCGUACUAGUAUAUUUUAUAAAAAACAAGGAAGAUCGAUAUUCAAAUUUUAACAAGAUAACGAAAACGCCAGAUGGUAUCACAAAAGACAUU